GACAUUUGCACUGAGACAGAAUAAACACGUAUUAUAUCCGUAGAAAUACGUGAGUGAAAAAGAAUUCCACUUGUCUGAAGGUAGAAGACUAAAAGAACAAAAAAUAGGAUAUUUCUAAGGUGAAGAUUUUUCCGUGUGAUUUAAUAAACACUAGAGUGGAAGACAUACUCAUAUCUUGUUUAAGAAAAACCCAGUUAUUUUAGUCUCCAUCUUAUUCCAUUCUACAAAUACCUUUUGAAUGUCCUGGCAAUAGCCAGAAGACUUCAUUUUGGACAUAAUGUUUCCAAACAAACCCUUUAAGAAGACUGGUGUUAAAGUAAUCAUUAACUGAACCCAAAACAACAAAGAAAGAAUACUAAUAAUAACACAAGUUCCAAUAAUAUAUGCCUAUCUUCAGUGGCUGAAAAUUUUCUUUGAAGAAGAAAAGUUAAGAAGAAGAUAGGGUAAUACCGAAAAGCUGGUAAUCUGACCAUUCUGAAAACAGAAUAUAAAUGUCACAAGCUUCAGUAAUUACUGCUCUAUCUGUGUUAAUUGUCUUGACUUUAGUAGGCAACACUUUGGUUAUUGCGGCUGUUGCUACAACGCGUCGAAUGCGCACUAUUACUAAUUAUUUUGUGGUGUCACUUGCAGUGGCUGACCUCUUGGUGGGUCUACUCGUCCUUCCUCUAGCAGUAAUCCAAGAAGUUCAUCACUCCUGGCCCUUAGGAAGAGUAGUUUGUGAGUUCUGGAUUUCUAUGGACGUGUUAUUAUGUACUGCAUCUAUUCUUAACCUUUGUUGUAUCAGUUUAGACCGUUAUUUCGCCAUAACAUCUCCUAUGUCUUACGUAGUUAAACGAAAUUCCAGAUUAGCUGUAGUUAUGAUAUGUGGAGUUUGGGUCAUGUCAGCACUAAUUACGUGCCCUCCCAUUUUUGGCUGGCAUGACCCUGGUCGGCAGAAUGCCACUGAAUGUGCGUACAAUAGCAACAAGGGCUACGUUGUAUAUUCUGCUCUGGGGUCGUUUUAUAUUCCCGCGCUGGUCAUGGUCUAUGUUUAUUGGAGAAUAUUUGCAGUUGCUCGUAGAAGAGAGACAGUACUGACCACAGAAGUCAAGACCUCCCUUCAGAAGGGAUCGGGGGACAAUAGUGAUGCUCCCAAGCUAACUUAUGAAACUGAAGAUGACCCAAUGCAGCCUACAUCAGAAGAAAAGAAUGAAGUAUAUGCUCUAACGGAGCCCUUCUGUAACGGGAAAGAUCAACGAACAAUAUAUGACAAACCUGCUGGGAACCAUACGUUACCUAAGUCGAUUUCAAUGUCAAGUAAAUCAUAUCUUACCAGAUCUGCCUGCAAUCGAGCUACCAACGGGAGCAAUUUUAGAAUAACAUCACGAUUCUCUACCACCAGGUGGAGAGACAGAAGCUGCUCAUACCGCGGCGUUAAGAGCAGAUCUGGAGUAAGAGAAGACACAGUUAGAAGAAGACAGGGCUACGAACAAGCAGCUUUUCAGCGGGAGCGACGUGUGGCGAAAUCACUUUCUGUGGUCGUUGGAGGUUUCAUUGUGUGUUGGCUCCCUUUUUUCACCCUGUACAUUAUCAAACCUUUCUGUUUCGAUUGCCAUAUACCUCAAAUUUUAGACUCCUGCCUCGUCUGGUUAGGAUGGGUAAAUUCUGCCAUCAACCCCUUUAUUUACGCUCUAAACAGCAAUGAUUAUAAGAAGGCUUUCGCUCGACUGACAAUCGACAAACUUCGUAGGAGACCAAGACGGCGAAAUCGAAAUAUUAACAAUUUUACUUAAUAAACUGUUUCAAUAAGAACAAUCAUGGAUAAUUUAUAAUAAACUAUUUGUCACUGCUGAUCCUGCUUAUUUUAUAGAAGUAUCUCGGUAGCAUGAACCGAAUGCAUAGUUCUAUUAUUAAUGUUCCAACUGUUAUAUUGCCAAUAAAGGAAAGAUACAAUUAAUCAUUUAAACAUAAAUGCAAUGACUUGACCGGUUCUCAAAACACGAGAAAGACUCAUAUAGAUUUUGGUUCAAUGAAGUAUUUUGUAGCAUUAAAAUAAUUUGGAAUCAGUAUCAACGUUCGCUUUCCUUCUCAAACAGGUAAAGCAGCUUCUAGCUUUUAAAGGUUGCU